AUGGAUGCAGAAGUAUCUAAUAUAGCAAUACCAGCCAAUCUUAUAUUAUUUGGAGAUUUAUGUGAUCUAUUUAAGCAGUUAUAUAAAAAGAAAAAACAAAGGACUGAACAAUACAAAAUCUUUACAAAAUUUAUCGACGACUUUAGGCUGAAGGUGGCAAAUACUGAUGGCAAAAAGAAUUCCACAUUUUUUCCAAUUCUUAGAUUAAUGUUACCGGCUUGUGAGCGUGAAAGAGCUGCGUAUAAUUUGAAAGAAACAAAGCUUGGAAAUCUACUGGUUAAAGUGCUGUCUCUGAAUAAACAAUCUCCAGAUGCUCAAAAGUUAUUAAACUUUCGCUCGGUUAAUAAUUCAUUCCAAGACAGUGAUUUCGCUGGUGUUGCAUUUAUGGUGUUAAAAAGCAGAGUUUCGCAAAAUUCAUCUACCUUGACUGUUGGUGCCAUUAAUGAGCUCUUGGAUAAAAUUGCAAAACCUGAAGAGGGAAGUCAUGGGGCUAUUCUAGAUGAGGUAUUUAGUUAUGCAUUAAAGAAAUUAACAGCAGAACAAUUCAAAUGGUUUCUGAGAAUAAUUUUAAAGGAUAUGAAGCUUAGUAUGAGCGUUGAUCGCACAUUGGCUAUGUUCCAUCCUGAUGCCCCAGAAUUAUAUAGAAAUUGUAGCAAUCUUGUUAAGGUAUGUGAAGAGUUGGAAGACGGCGACACUCGUCCCUCUGAGCUCGGUGUACAACUGUUCUACGCAGUGAGGCCGAUGCUUUCCGAACGGCUAGAUAUCACCCAAAUACAAAAACUCCCUACCAGUAACACGUAUAUAGUAGAAGAUAAGUUUGAUGGCGAGAGGUUUCAGAUGCAUAUGGAAAACGAUACAUUUGAAUAUUUCUCUAGAAAAGGUCACCCUUAUUCAAAGAAAUAUGGCAAAAAUUAUGAGUCUGGCCUAUUGACGCCGUAUUUGAAGGAUUGUUUCUCGGAGAAUGCACGCAAUUUCAUCCUUGACGGCGAAAUGAUGGGAUGGCAUAAAGAAGGCCAGUACUUCGGAUCAAAAGGAAUGGCAUAUGAUAUUAAGAAAGUGACUGAGAAUUCCUCAUACAGACCCUGCUAUUGUGUGUUUGAUAUUCUAUAUUACAAUGGAAAGUCACUCGUCGGCGCUGAAGACAAAGGCUUACCUUUAAAGGAGCGACUCAAAAUAUUGGAUAGUUUGUUCAAAGAUAAACGAGGCGUUAUUCUGCACAGUACCCGCAGUGUUGUUAAAGACAGUGUAGAUAUUUUAAAUGCACUGAACAAAGCUAUUGACAACCAAGAAGAGGGUGUCGUUGUGAAGGACGUCGAUUCAUUCUAUCUCGCUAACAGUCGAAACGCCGGCUGGUACAAAAUAAAACCCGAGUACACAGACGACACUAUGACUGAUUUGGACAUGGUGAUUAUCGGCGCGGACGAGGCGGAGAACAAGAGGCAGGGACGCGCUAAGAGCUUCCACGUCGCGUGCGUUGACGCUACACCAGGCGAACCAACGCGCUGGGUGUGUGUGGGCAGAGUGUCUACGGGCUUCACCUAUGAAGAGCGGGAACGGGUAUGUGCCAUAUUGGAAAACAAUUGGAAAUUAGCCAAAAAGUCACCCAUACCACCCUGUUUGCACUUCAAUAAGGAGAAACCAGAUAUUUGGAUACUUCCAGAACAUUCUAUGGUAUUACAGGUGCGCGCGUCGGAGCUGGUCCGCAGCAGCGGCUACGGCGCGCCCUACACGCUGCGCUUCCCGCGCGUCGUGCGCCUGCGCCGCGACAAGCCCGUCGCCGACGUCAUGUCCCUCGCACAGUUCAACCAGCUCGUGGCGACAAGAAGUCCAGUCAUCAAGUUAGGCACAAAGCGAGUGAGCGAGUCUCAAAUAGACCAAAUAGAUCAGUUAGAUAUGAAGAUACGUCGUGCUCGCACUUCGAAGCCAAAGCCCCAAGUGCCCGAGCAGUUCCGCGGCAACGCCCGCGGCGACGUGCCCGUCACGUCCAAGGCGUUGCUGGGCAGGAAGCUGUGCGUGCUCUCCGACACUGAGAGCUGUAAAAAGGCGGAUUUGAUCAGCAUCAUUGAAUCCCACGGCGGGAAACAUGUUGCAAAUCCUGGCGCCGACACGUGGUGCUGCAUUGUUGGAAACUUAACAUAUCGAGCUCGAACCCUGAUCAAAACCCAGGAGUAUGACGUCAUAUCCGCGUCCUGGCUCUGCUCGCUGCCGGCCUCGGACGCGCCCUGCAAAUUGUCCCCCUUAGACAUGCUUUCCAUUAAAAAGCAGACAAAAUUAAACUUGAGCUUGGACUACGAUCCGUUUGGAGACAGCUAUAAGGACGAAAUAGACGAAGAGAGUUUGAGGAAGUGCUUUCAGAAAAUGGAAAAUGAACCACCAAUAUACUUAACAACAAAGGAGAAAUUAAAACUCGACAAGCAAUUGUUCGGUGAAAACAAUCCGUUUUCCUUUUUACGCGGCUGUUGCAUACACAUAAUGGGAAAUCCCCUAAACGUUAUAUUAGCAAAAAUGUAUGGGGCUGAUGUUGUGGAGGACUUUACUCACGUUACGUAUUGCACACAUGUGGUUUUACCAAACGAUAUGAAAAAUCAAAAUAUUGAUGAAAUCAAAGAGAAAUCUAAAGGGCAUAUCGUAUCUGAGGACUGGUUGAACGAAUGUUUUAAGAAUAAAUGCAAAGUUCCAGAAGCGAAGUUUAUGUUGUUG